UAAAGUUCUUGCAAGCUCAAGCUGCUUAAUUCAUACACAUCACUCCACUCAAUUCCUUCUUGUCCCUCCCAUAGUGAGUUAGUACCCAAUUUAUGCUCGAGAAAUGGGACGCUUGCGUCUCAGUUGCGCACAACUCCGUUAUUCUGGUCUUCUUUUCGUUACCCUUCUCGUGUCGGGGGGCUUCAGUGUAGUUGUUUCGCCUGUCAACGACACAGACAGGCUUGCAUUGCUUGCUUUCAAGGCUGAACUAACAGGUGACCCUUUCGGGUCGCUAAACCAGUGGAACGACACCACCGACUUCUGCCUAUGGUAUGGGGUUACAUGCAGUCGCCGACACCACAGGGUCACGGUACUGGACCUUGCUUCCCGGGGACUCUCGGGACCCAUCUCACCUCACAUUAGCAACCUCAGCUUCUUGAGAGAGAUGUGGCUCGAAAACAAUAGCUUCAGCCUCGAAAUCCCUCCUCAAAUUGGCCGUCUACGUCGGCUUCUAGUCUUGGAUUUAUCGUAUAAUUCACUGACGGGUGAGAUUCCCACGAAUUUAUCAGGUUGCUCGAAGCUUUUAGAUCUCAACCUCGACAACAACCAGUUGACUGGCGGAAUUCCAGUGGAGAUGGGCACCUUGUCAAAUCUUCAAUCUUUCAGCUUUCUUACGAACCAAUUAACUGGCAUCAUCCCUUCAUCCAUAGGCAACUUAUCAUCUCUAAAGGAGAUUUACGGUACCCUAAACCGUUUGAGUGGGGUCAUUCCCGAGUCUCUAGGUCGACUGGCCAAGCUAGAGAGGCUCGUCUUGGGAGGCAACAGGCUUUCAGGUACCAUUCCGCCUUUGAUCUUCAACAUGUCCUCGCUGACUGCAUUUGAUGUAGGUAACAACCAGAUCAGCGGCAAUCUUCCUAAAGAUAUAGGAUUCACUCUCCCGAACCUUCAAUGGUUUAGCAUUUGGACAAACCAGUUCGCCGGAUCAAUUCCUUUGUCCAUAUCCAAUGCCACAGAUCUAAGAAUGCUCCAGCUUGCAGUCAAUGAGCUCUCCGGGAAAGUCCCUUCGUUGGCGAAUCUCCGGAACCUUCGGAAUGUUACCUUAUUUACUAAUUAUCUCGGGAGUGGAGGGUCCGUUGCAGGUGAUCUGGACUUCCUUUGCUCACUAACGAAUGCCACCAACUUGAUGAUAUUGCAGAUAAAUGAAAACAGAUUUGGGGGAACGCUUCCUGCAUGCAUCGGCAAUCUCUCCGCAACUUUUGAGGCUCUAAUAGUAUCACAGAAUCGCAUAUCGGGUGAGAUCCCAGGAGAGAUCGGUAAUCUUGUGAACUUGCAGGUUUUACAAAUGGAUGACAACUUUCUCUCGGGUCCGAUCCCGUCAGAUUUAGGAAACCUUUCGAAUCUUGGAGUAUUGACCUUGUCAGGCAACAAUCUGUCUGGCGUAAUCCCUUCCUCUUUGCAAAAUCUCCAGAGUUUGCUCUAUUUAUAUCUUUACACAAAUAACUUUGAAGGGCUGAUUCCAUCUUACCUAAAUAAGUGUAGGAGUUUGACACACCUGGAUCUUUCUAGUAAUAAUCUUAGCGGUUCAGUUGUAUUCGCCGUGAUUGGGAGCCUCCUCUAUUUGAAUUUGUCUCGAAACCGUCUGAGCGGGGCCCUUCCGAUGGAAAUCGGCAACUUGAAACAUCUGGACCGAUUGGAUGUCUCGGGAAAUAUUCUGGAAGGUGAACUCCCGAGCAGUCUAGGCAACUGUGAUGGAUUGAGAAUACUAAGAAUGCAAGAUAAUCUCUUCCAUGGGUCCAUUCCUCAAUCAAUUAGCUCCUUAAGAAGCAUUGAGGAAUUGGAUCUUUCCAACAAUAGUUUCUAUGGUGAAAUUCCAAAGUUCUUAGAGGCAUUUCAGUAUUUGGAAAAGCUGAAUUUAUCUUACAAUCGUUUGGAAGGCCCGCUACCAGGUGGUGGAGUUUUUAGGAAUGUCGGUGCGACUUUUGUCUCCAGAAAUGAAAAGCUACGUGGAGGAAUGCCCGAAUUUGGGCUCCCUAAGUGCGUCGUUCGAAACUCCAAAAGCAAAGGGCGAGUCCAUAAGUUGAAACUUACCAUUGCCCUUAUUUUUGGUCUUAUUGGAAUAACUCUCAUUGGCACUUUCUUAUAUCUAUGUUGGUCGAAACAGAAAAGAAACGAGCCGAAUUUGACCCCAUCAGAUGAUUUAUUAUUGAAUCUGUCUUAUGGAACUCUCCUAAAAGCGACCGAUGGCUUUUCUUCGGCCAAUCCGAUUGGGGCCGGAAGUUUUGGGUCUGUGUACAAGGGGCUGCUCCAGGAGAAUGGAACCAUCAUUGCGGUGAAGGUGCUUAACUUAAUGCGGCACGGCGCUCUCAAGAGCUUCAAAGCUGAGUGCGAGGCUUUAAAGCGUAUAAAACACCGAAAUCUUUUGAAAGUUUUGACGGCAUGCUCGGGCAUUGAUUAUAAGGGUGACGAGUUCAAGGCUUUAGUUUAUGAGUUCAUGGUCAAUGGCAGCCUAGAAGAGUGGUUGCAUCCUAACCCGACUUCAAAUGAUGCAGAUGGGCACUCGAAGAAAUUGAGUCUCAUCCAAAGGAUAAACAUUUCCAUUGAUGUUGCUUCCGCAUUAGAUUAUCUCCAUAAUCAAUGUGAAAGCCCGAUAAUUCAUUGUGAUCUAAAGCCAAGCAAUGUCCUUCUAGAUGCCGACAUGGUUGGACAUGUUGGUGACUUUGGGUUGGCGAAGAUUGUACUCGAAUCCACGUUUGACACAAGAGCAAAUAUGAGUUCUGCUGGUUUAAGAGGAACAGGUUGGUUAUGUCGCCCCGAAUAUGCCAACGGAAGCCAAGCCUCAAGAGAAGGUGAUGUCUACAGUUACGGUAUUCUCUUACUAGAGAUGUUCACGGGAUUAUGUCCUACUAGCGACAUGUUCGGAGAUAAUUUGAAUCUUCAUCAUUAUGUUGCUGAGGCUCUACCCCAACGAGCUAUGGAGAUUACCAAUCCCGUGCUGCUUCACGAAGGAGGAGAGAGCCACAACAGUUCCCAAGAUUCACUUCACGAAAGAAGCCAGUCAUUUCAGGAAUGUUUGGGAACAAUAUAUCGAGUUGGACUAGCUUGCUCUAUGGAGGAGCCUAGUAGGCGCAUGAGCAUUGACGAAGUUGCAACCCAGCUGCACUUGAUCAAGAGGAAACUUUUUCCAGCUUCUUUACUUGGAUAGAUGAGACAUGAAUAGGUGACAUCGCACACUUCACGACCUGUGAUAUUCCCUGUUAAAAGCAGAAAAACAAAUGAAUGAUUCCGGCAAUAUAUAUGAAUAAGGGCACUAAGAAAACUUCUAAACAGAAGGGUAUGCCACAUAAUUAUUGCUGAGUUGAGACAGCAUAUGUGGAAGAACAGUACAAUCCAUAGAAAAACCAAGACGCAUUAGAAA